AUGGACGAUAAGAGAGAGCCCAGCUGCCCAAGAUACGAACUCGAAUCAUACGUGACCAGCAUUCACGAUGACAACGCCAAGUUCACGCUAGAGGUUCUUCGGUCGGGCGAGGAGGUAAUUGGCGACAUCUACGACACCGACGUCUUUGAGUGGGUUCUCCAGCCAUUUGAACGGCUGUUCGCCGAACUCGCGCCAAGCCCUGCGCUGCCAGAUAACCAUGCAGGCAUCAAAGUCACUCUGCAAGAGUAUCUCUUCCCCAAGUUCUUCAUCUUCGUACUGGACGUUGUGAAAGAAAAGUUGCAACCACGCCAGAUCGAAAUGGAGAAAUCGCCCUACUCUCCGUCCAAUGUCUGGCUUGAUGAUGAGUUCCUUGACGACCUGAAGAAGUGGACAAGCCUAUACAACCCGGCUGGGAUUGUGUUAAGCUUUGAGAACCCCGAAGACGCCCUCUACAAGCCUCCGCGAAAGGUGCUCAUUGAUGGUGGGCAGACGGCAUGUUUCUUCAAGCAAUGUUACUCCACCGUUCAGACCACAAACGAGCUCCAGGCGUAUAAGAAAAUUGCCGCAGCCAACAUAGACCCGCAGUUUCACAUAUGCCGCCUCUUUGGUGCCGUGAUGGACGACGACGGUUUCAUCGUGGGCCUGUUACUCACUUAUAUCGACCAUGGCGGCCGUACUCUGUCUACAAAUGUCGAUCCCGACUACCCCCCAGCUUCUACGAGAAACCGAUGGAUAGGCCAGCUCGAUGCCGCACUCGCAGAGCUACACAAGGCCGGAAUCGUCUGGGGAGACGUCAAGGCGGAGAAUGUGCUGGUUGACCGAGAGGACAACGUGUGGAUUAUUGAUUUCGGAGGUGGCUACACCCAGGGCUGGGUCGACAAACAACUGGCGGGGACUGUGGACGGGGAUCUGGCAGGCAUGGCCAAGCUUAGAGAGUUUAUCUUCCAAGAUGGAGCGCAAGACCGCUGGUGGGCGCGUUAG